AUGACCAACCCCACCCCCCAAGUCAAGUUCGUGCCUGUAUCCACUUGGCUCAAAUACAAUCCAUUUUCAAUUACUAUCGACGAACAAUAUUACGACAAAGCCGAAGACAUUGUGGCAGAAUUAGCUUGGCGUAAUGAUAAUGCUCUUACACUAGCAGUAUAUGAUAAGAUCAUGUUCGAAGGGAGGAGAUUUGAGCGUAAGCGUGAGGAGGAAGAGAUCAUACAUUUGCAUCAAUGUCUCAUCCAACUCAGACGUCUCGAUAUCCCCGAAAAUCUUAGAGAAUUUGAAAGUGAGCAGCCACGCUUCGUAUCACGAUUAGCAGAUAUUUAUAAAACAGCCGAUCCAAGGAUCAAGUAUAUUGCGCAAAUCACGCUGAAGUGGUUUUCGCGACGAGGACAAAAAUUUGUCAAAACGCAUUUAAACCUCAACCAGGAAAACUCAAUUUCUUAUCAUUCUUGCCGACAUCUCCAUAGGAUUUCCCAAAAUUUCGACGUUGUCCAGGCUAUCAAGUUAAUCAAUCUAAGUACAAUGACCAGGCUGUCCAGGCAGAAGAAUACGCGACGAGGAAGAACAGCUAAAUCUUUCACACCGGGCGACGUGAAAAUGGCGGCGGGGCUGCUCAAAGCGUAUAACAAUGAGAGACCACCGCCAGGGUUGAGAUUAAGUCAACUUGCACGGGCGGGCGUGGUUUUUGGAUCAGACGGACUGCUUGUUCCAAGCACAGAAAAAUGCAAAAUCGAAGCGUACAAUGACGAAACAACAUUGUUAAUUUGUCACCUCUUGGAUUCGGAUGGCCUCCAAGGAUGA